AUGGAGGCCCCAGCUUCAAGCCCUCGAUCCCGAAUUUUGGGCCACUCCUCCAUGUUCCGCUUCUUCCGUAGCCUGGUGGGGAGCAAGGGCAGCCCAAAGAGCUCAGACAAGCCCCUGCUGGGGGGCCAGUCUUGUCCCUUUCGAGAGCAGGACGCCACUCCUUUGAUGACUGAUCGCCAGGGAGGAGCAGGGCGGAAGGAGUCCAGGCCUCCUGCCACGCUGCCCUACACCCUCUCUGUGGCCCUGCCACAGCCCGAUCCCUUGGGGCUGGGGCUGGGGGACACAGGGGCCCAGACCCCCACCGCCGUGGAGGUCCUGAGGGUUCUGGCUCAGGGUGUAGAGGUGAAGCCAGUCCUGCCCAGAGGAAGCCAAGAGGUGCUGGGCAACCUGUCUGAGUUGGAGGAGAGGGAAGAGGAGGAGGAGGAGGCAGCAGGGGAUACAGGGACCUCAGACAGGGGCCACUUUGCCCAAGCCUUGGCGGUGGAGCAAGGAUGCUUGCAGAAGGCCAUGGGGCCACUGGAUAUAAGCCCCGAGACCUUCACCAGGGAGGAGGAGGAGGAGUAUCUGCUUGAUGGAGACCUCAGGCUGGCCUCCUCCCAGGUGGGGGCAACUCCCUGGAACCGCCUCCUCAGCUUGUACAAGCAGCUCCAGAAAUCGGCCACGGCCAAGGUCUGUGGGGCCAGCUGGAAGUGCGAGUUCCCUCUCAAGGAAGGCCUGCCCUGUGAGGAGAAAGGCGGGGAAGAGGAAACAGAGGAGGAGGACAGCUCACUCAAGCUCUGUGUCCCAGGCAUUGUCACCCUCCAGUCGCCGCUGCAUAAGACUUUUAGGUCGACAGAUACAGUAGGUUUCGUGGAGUCGGAGUUAAAGAAGCUUCUGGUAGUGCAACGGGAGUCCCGCCUCUGGAAGAUGGGUGGCCACGAGGGCCGGAAGCUGCUGACCCAGCCAGAGAUCACCCUGGAGGAGGCAGGCAUUGUGGAUGGCCAGCACCUGCUCCUUGAGGAAAUGGAUGAGAUGGGAAACUGGCCUCCAGAGUGAAGCUGGUGCUGGCCUGAGUCUGCCCUGCCCCGGGUCCCUGCAGCCCGUGUAGAGAUGUAUCCGCCUCCUCUUAGGGCACCUCAAGGAGCCCCUGGGGCCAAGGGGUCUUUAAUAAAUGGUGUCCAUGCGUCUGCAGGGUGGGCCUGCCCGGCACAC